CGGAGUCCACCGACCCCGGGAUAGCGGCAUAUGCGGCACGGAUAGUUCAUCUUACCGAUACUGGUAUGACACAGGCACAUGAGUGGCAUCGUGUCGAUGAGGAUGUAUCAGAGGGUGUUCCUGAGGGUGGUAGGGCUGAUAGAGGUGGGCGGGCUGGCAGAGGUGGUCGGGCUGGCGGAGGUCUAGUAGAUGAGCCUGACGAUAUGUCCCGUCAGGCUCCGUCGGCUACAGAUACCCCUUCUUCUUCCAGGCCGUCGACUUCACAGAGACCUGGAUAUACGCCAGAGAUGUUCCCACAUUAUGAUCCUUGGUCAUCAUUUCCGCAGGUGCCAGUUGGUGAUCUACAUAUGGGAGGCGGAGAUGAGGACUUGGAUAUUAUUUUCGAUGACUACUUUCUCCGUUCUACAGCCGGGCCUUCGGCACCAUCUGCAUCUCCGGCUCCGCGGGCCGCUCAGGAGCCGUCUCACAUGCCAUCUCAGGAGUCCGCCGACACACAGGUUAAUUCUUCUGCGCCUGUGGACCCAUCUCCGCCUGUCCAGAUUGACCCGUCUCCACCUCCAGCUACAGCUCUGGGUAGCGCUCAGGAGACAUUUGAGGAGCCAGCUAAGGAGCCCUCUGACCAGCCAUCUCAGGAGGCCAUUGAUACACAGGUUAAUUCUUCUGCUCCUGUGGUCCAGUCUCCUCCGAUUGAGUCAUCUCCUGAGGCAUCUACAGGGGCUACUCAGGUGGAGACCGCCGCCGUCUCCCACAGGAAGCAUAUUUUCACCAAGGGCCUGAAGAAGGGAAGAAAGGAUGAUCAUGGCAUAGAUCAUCUUGUCAUUAAGAGGAGGAGAGAGGGUCCUGAUGAUAGUGAGGGUGGUGGGGUUGGCCCUAGGGGUUAGGAGAUUGUAUAUUUGUAAAUAAAAUGUACAUUUUAUGUUAAUAUUAUAUAUA